AUGCCGUUCAACCUAGACGACUGGUUGGCAAGCGAGGAGGCUGGAAAGUGGGGUGCCCUGCCUCGUCAUACGCAUCUCCUCAAAGCUCUAUUUGAACAAGGAAUGAGCCCGAAAGCUGCUGCAGAGCUCUUCUUGGAGGACAUAUCGGGAAGACCAAAUCAAUCAGACACUGCAUGGCGACUUUGGAAUCUCAUUUUUCAUGCGGCUGCUUCGAUUCCUGACGACAUGGAUAAGAUCAUCCAGCUUAUUUUGGCCACUCGUAAACUUCCAGCUGGCUCGAGCAAUGGAAAACCACUUACAUCCAAUCUUUGGCCUGACUGGCGUGACGCUUACGGUUUCUACCAAACUUGGAGAACACUGGAUAGCGCAAAAGCGACUUANUCUCCCGAUGACUUGACUGGCGGACAAAGAUGGAUCAACUUUACGUCUUUCUCAGCCAAGUUGGUGCAGCAAGGCGAUGACCAGACCACCAAGGAAGUCGGUGUAUAUGGCUUCUUCGAUGUCCGAAAUGCACUAGAAACGACGCUUGAGGGCCAUACCAAGAGUCUUCAUCGCACAUCCGUAAUCACGAACGAGGAGUCGCUCAGUGAUGACAUCGAAGCUGCAGCGCAAUGGGUGAUCUAUGCGGGCAAAACAUUGCAUGACACGACUAAUGAGUUCUUCGGCGAGUACUGGACCAANGGUUUUGCGGCGGAAACAGAGCUUUGGAAGGGCAAAGCUGGUUUCUCACCAGAACGAUGGAAGUUUUGGUCCGAGCAGUUCUCAAUAAGGGUGGAGGAGACCUGGAUGAGUGACAGUGCUAAGAAGGCGGCGGAAGAAGCUUCAGCGGCCAUUCGGACAUUUUCAUGA